AUGCCGGAAGUACUGGUUACUGCGUGGAAGAGAUCGGGCGAGUUUUGUUCUUUCAUUUACGCGUCGCGAUCGUCGUUGGGUACGUCUCCGUGGUCUGCGGGCGCAAGAGGAUCGAAGAACACCGGGAACCUGAACCUUAGGAUCGGACAGGCCUGGGCUGAUGACGCGUCAGCAGCAGCGGCAGCGGUGAUGAAGAAUCAGGAAUGGAAGCCUCUGGGAUAUCUAUCUGCGCAGAUCAAGCUCGGAGAUGGGCCGAGCUUGGACUACUGGUACUGGUACUGGUACUGGUACUGCCGGCACUAA